UUCUUGGCUUGCUCCGCUCAGUAGAGAGCUAGCCCGGCUACUUACCUGCUGAUACCAAGCAGCCAAAAAAAGAAAAGAGCAACCUGGAAUUUAAAGCGCAAAGAUUGCAAUUUGGCAAUGCGGAAAUAGAUGGACGUUUCAUGUCGCUGAGCUUGUUUCCCACUUCUGGACUGACUACUUAACCGUUAACACUAGAGAAGGGAUUGCAUUUUAGUGGCACGAGCUUUUUUUUUAAUGUUUUCCUUGUCUUUAUGCUUUUAAGUACGUUAUCUGUUGGUACAUAUGCAUUCAGCUAUCCUGGAUCUCAAGGAACACGGAUUCGAAAAGCUUUUUGCGCUCAUUAGAACAAAAGUGGGCUGCAGUUUGCUGGAGUGAAUUAAUUUGUUUUACACCGAGCAUCACCAUGGAUGUGUUGGCAAAUUACAGUAUUUUUCAGGAACUCCAACUCGUGCACGACACAGGCUACUUCUCGGCGAUGCCAUCCCUGGAAGAGAACUGGCAGCAGACAUGUUUGGAGCUAGAAAGGUACCUGCAGACGGAGCCCAAACGGUUGUCAGAACUCUUUGAUGAGGAGCUGGACGGACUGCUCACGCCAGCCUUCAUGAAGGGGGACAGUGAAGACGAGCUGGCAGACCCCCUACUGCCUAGCCUCUCUGUUCAACCCAGCCCCCCCCCCACCUUGGCUUCCUCCCUCAAACUCCUGCCAACCCCUGUCACCACCAAGACUCCUGAGUUGGGCCCCAAAGAAGGUGCAGAAGGGGUAAAUGCUGCUCAGCUGAGUGCCGUCACUUCCCUCACGCCACCCUCUUCACCGGAGCUGGGACGCCAUCUAGUGAAGCCGCCCCAGACACUGACAGCUACGGCCGAUGGUACCCUCACUCUCAAGCUGGUGGCCAAGAAGGUGGGCCUAGGGGCUGCUAAGCUGGUGGCCACCAACAGCCUGCCCUCGCCACCCAACAAAGGUGGGCUGAGUGACAGUGAGCAGGCGGGUUCAGGGAGCAUCAGUGGUGACAUCCCUGAAAACAAGAAGAGGGUCCAUCGCUGCCAGUUCAAUGGCUGCAGGAAAGUGUACACCAAGAGCUCGCAUUUAAAGGCCCACCAAAGGACCCACACAGGUGAGAAGCCGUAUAAAUGCUCGUGGGAAGGCUGCGAGUGGCGCUUCGCCCGGAGCGACGAGCUGACGCGGCACUACCGCAAACACACCGGCGCCAAGCCCUUCAAGUGCAACCACUGCGACAGGUGUUUCUCCCGGUCAGAUCAUCUGGCCCUGCACAUGAAGAGGCACAUCUGAGACCAAAAGCAAGAAAGAACGAGUGAGAGAGACAGGAAGAGAGAGAGAGAGAGAGAGAGCACGAGAGAUUGAACGGAUGGACGGAAUCAGACAGCGUGUAAAUGUGUUGUGCGUGCCAUCCUGAGAAGGCCCAAUUGAGAAUAUGAAUGGGAGCAAUGUGUCCUGUUGACACUGUGGCCACCACCAGCGUAAGGGCAAAAGACAAGGGGAUGGAGGGAGAGGGACAAAGAGAGAGAGAGAGAGAAGGAGCUCCGUGGUUUUUGUUUAUAGACGCACAUUGUCCACCAGACUUACUUUCGUCAGCGGAUUAACCAUGCCUUACUGAACAGGGGCUGGGAAUCAGACACUGCCAAACAAUCUUGCUGAUCCAGUCAUGCCCCACGUACUCUUUUAUUUUAUCUGCAAAAACACCAGAGAGACUUACAGAAUAUACACCCAACGCACCAAAUACACUCAUACAAACUUAAUCUCUUACAAAAAAAGUACCAUGUGAAAUGUAUUUUACUUUCUUUUAUCUCUCUGGGAUCAUAUCACAGUCCACAAAUUUCAGUAAUGCUAACCACAAGAGCCAGUCGCUGAACUGUACAACACAGCCAGACUAUAUUGUAAAAGACCAAUGUAACCUGGGCCAAAAGCGAUGCCCUGUACCUGGAUACUAAGGAGUGGGCUCACUGACGGAGCCAGUACACACCUCUCCACCUGGGGAGCACCUUUCUCUCUUAUCUUCAUGCCUGCCACCUCACAGGCAACCCAACAAAUACGCAGCGACACUUUUUUGCCUUUUUAAAUUUUCUUGUCUUUUAUGAAUUAAAUGUCUUAAAAUAUGAUUAUCAUUUGCCUUGCAAGAAUGAACACGGAUGUGAACACAUGGAGGAAAACUUUACUGUGCAUAAAAGCCACUGUUUAGCACUGAGAAAAAAAAUGGAAAGACAAGUAAAAUAUGAUCGGAAGGCUUUAUGAUUGUACUCCUGAAACAAAAAGGAUUGGUAUCCGGUUUCUCAUUUUUUGAGGUUUUUUUUUUCUCCAAAUCAAAUUCUAUACAAUGCGAACUGGAGCAUAAUGUCUACUCCCCCACCC